CUCCGCGGCAGACGUCAUCGCCGUGCGCGCGGGCGCGGGCCGGUUGCGCGGGGAGCGGAGCGCAGCGGAGCGGUCGCGGCGCAGCGCAGGAGCCGCUGCCAUGCCGGGCCAGAAGUGCUUCCGCCGGCGGAGGGACGACUCGGAGGAGGAAGAGGAGGACGAGCAGGUCGCGGAGGAGGUCAGGUUAAAAGUUGAGGAAGCCAAAGAAGUUCAGAGCCUCCGAAGGAGACCCAAUGGGGUGAGUGCUGUAGCUCUGCUGGUGGGAGAGAAGCUGCAAGAAGAAGCAACACUGGUGGAUGACCCAUUCAAGAUAAAGUCUGGGGGAAUGGUGGACAUGAAGAAGCUGAAAGAAAGAGGCAAGGACAGGAUUAACGAGGAGGAAGAUCUGAACCUGGGCACUUCCUUCUCAGCUGAGACCAACAGGAGGGAUGAGGAUGCUGACAUGAUGAAGUACAUUGAGACUGAGCUGAAGAAGAGGAAGGGCAUUGUGGAGAAUGAGGAGCAGAAGGUGAAGCUGAAGAACGCUGAGGACUCCCUGUACGAGCUGCCGGAGAACAUCCGCGUCUCCUCGGCCAAGAAGACUGAGGAGAUGCUCUCCAACCAGAUGCUGAGUGGCAUUCCCGAAGUGGACCUGGGAAUUGAUGCUAAGAUCAAAAACAUCAUCUCCACAGAAGAGGCCAAGGCCAAGCUGUUGGCAGAGCAGCAGAACAAGAAGAAGGACAGUGAGACCUCCUUCGUGCCCACCAACAUGGCUGUCAACUACGUGCAGCACAACAGAUUCUAUCAUGAGGAGCUCAACGCUCCAGUGCGGAGGAACAAGGAGGAGCCAAAGCCGCGGCCGCUGCGGGUGGGGGACACGGAGAGGCCAGAGCCUGAGCGGUCUCCCCCGAGCCGCAAGCGCCCCCUGAACGAGAAGGCCACAGACGAUUACCACUAUGAGAAGUUCAAGAAGAUGAACAGACGCUACUGAGGCCCUGCCUGCAGCCUGCUCCGCCUCCAGCCGCGCCUGGGGCUGGGCCCUGCAGGGAGAGUCCCUGCGGAGCUUGGGGAAUCAGCUUGCAGGAGCUGUGACCCCCUUGGAGAGGUCAAGUCCUGUAGAUGACUUCUCUUGAGCUAUAAACCUUCCUUCCUUGGAGCAGGAGCCUCUGUGCCUGGCACUUGGUAGUGACACAAUCCUUGUUCUCACAAACCCUCCCCUCACUUCCUCAGGGGUCUGUCCUGGGCCAGUGCUCUUCAGCAUCUGUCAGGGGUGUGGGCAGUGGCACUGAGGCACCCUCAGCAGGUUUGCUGGUGACACCAAGCUGUGAGGGCAGGGAUCCAUCCAGGAGGAUCUCACCAGGCUUGACACGUGGCCAGUGCCAACUGUAUGAAGGUCAACAAGGCACAGUGCAGAGUUCUGCAGCUGGGUCAAGCCAACCCCAGGCACAAGUCCAGGCUGGAUGCAGCCCUGAAGAAAGAGCCUUGAGGGUGCUGGGUGCUGAGCGGCUCCCCAAGAGCCAGCAGGCAGCUGUGUGCUGGCUGCAGCCAGAGCAGUGUGGGCAGCAAGGCAAGAGGGGAUUGUGCCCCUUGGCUCUGCUCUGCUGAGACUUCAGCUCCAGUGCUGCUGUUCCCAGCAGCAGAAGGACACAGGAGGAUUGAGAACUGCAGCUGGCAUGUCCUGCAGCUGUGACCUGUAGCUGGCACAUCCAAGAGCACAUCUGUCACUGUAGCUGGUGGCUGUCCCUGGCCAGCUGAAGGUCUCUGGUGGGCUAACAGCUCUGGCACAGACCAGAGGGCCGUGGCUGAGGUUCCUGCCCUGCUGUGGGAGCGAUCCAAGCAUAGAGAGCUGCACCUGCAGAACUCGCUGGCGUGCAGCAGGCAGCUGCCAAGGCAUUUCCACUCCAGCAAGGGCUGGGCUCCAUGGUGCCCAGCUGCCUGCCCAGGCGCCUCUGCCCGGGUGCUGCUUUGGAGCCCCCCUGGGGCACUGAGAAUAAAUUCAGUUUGCUCUUC